AUGGAAUGUCUUAUCGGUUUCGUAGGAAAUGGUUUCGUGCUUACUGCUACGGACACAUCAGCGGCACGUUCAAUUACUGUCAUGAAGUCUAACGAGGAUAAAUCUCGUGAUCUAAACAAACACAUCAUGCUGUUGUACUGUGGCGAGCCAGGAGACACAGUUCACUUUGCCGAAUACAUUCAGAGAAAUGUUAAACUUUAUGGAAUCGUGAAUGGAAUUGAGUUAACACCGAAAGCUGCCGCUACAUUUACUAGAAGACAAUUGGCUAACAGUCUGAGAAGCAGGAAACCUUACGCUGUCAAUCUUCUGAUCGCCGGACACGAUACGACAAAAUCUACACCGCAUCUGUAUUGGAUUGAUUAUCUUGGCACUUCGGUUGAAGUUCCUUUUUCUGCUCACGGAUACGGAGCUUAUUAUUGUUUAUCUCUCUUGGAUAGAUAUCACCGACCCGAUAUCAACCUCGAAGAAGCGAAAGUUCUAAUCAGGAAGUGCAUAGAUGAACUCAAAACUAGAUUCAUUAUAAAUCUUUCCGAUUUCAAGAUUAAGAUCACAGAUAAGGACGGCAUUCGAGAAAUCACUAUUUAA